GGCGGCGGCGGCGGAGGCGGCGGUAGCAGUUUCAACUUCGGCAGCAUCCUCACCAUGCUGAUGUCCCUCAAGAGCGGCCUCACGAGCGGACUUGGCGGUGGCCUUACGGGAUCCUCUGUGAGCGGAGGCAGCUACCAGCCCAGCACCAGCAGCUACGCCCCUGCCCGCCCCAGCUCCUCGUACGGCGCCCCGGCGCCCGCCCCCGCACGCCCAAGCUCGUCGUACGGAGCGCCCGCCCCCGCUCCUUCAUACUCCGCUCCUGCCCCGGCCCCGGCCCGCCCGAGCACAUCGUACGGCGCGCCAGCGGCCGCCCCCGCCUCGUCCUACGCGGCCCCGCCGCAGUCCAGCCUCUCGGGCGGGUCCUACCCGGGCAGCAGCACAUUCCGAAGGAGCGUAGGCUGAUAUGCUGGGGAGGCGGCCCGGAGGUGACCUGGGGGCGGCCUGGGGGCGGCCUGGGGGCGGCCUGGUGGCGGCCUAGGGGAGGCCGCAGCGUCCCGCUCCCAAAACACCAUGAGCGGCCAGCUGACCCCCCGAGCCCAGCACUCUAGUCAAAGCACCGCGGCUUGCCACUCGGACUCGGAGGGGUGCCGCGCUGCCGCACCGCACCGGCCGGGCUGACGGCAAGCAUCCAGCACCACCUCGCGGACUCACUACAACGCCAAAGAGUACACGUGUAACGAGACGUGUGACGCCACAACGUGCGUUUAUUUUUCAUGAGUUGAUCGGACCAUUAAAACAGUUUUACGCA